UGCUAGUAUGUGGUUAUUUCCGCUUUAAAUAAUUGAUGGCCGACUCCAACUUCCCUCUUGCAUGCUUCACCUUUACCUGUUUCUUCUCUUCACAACAAACAAUUUUGUUAACAGACUCCCAUAAAAAAGAACAAAAGACAUAUCUAUAUAGGAUAUAUAUUUUUGGACAAGAAAGAAAAUCAAGUGUUCCAAGUCAUAUAUGAGUUUGGACUUGUUGGUUGACAAGCUUUUCCUACACGCCAGGCCAGACUUUUCUUUCUCUCUCUCACACAUAGACACACAGACACGAGAAGAGUAGAAGAAAAUGAAGGAGGGUGUUCAUAGUUAUAUUGCUAUUACAGGAAUACUUUGCGUUAAAGUAAAUGUCUCCACGAAUUUCUUCUACACAAUUUCUUGCUAGGUAUGUCUUGUCUUGUUAAUGAAGCCAUUCUUAGCUGACACUGAGCUGCUGUUUUAUCUCUUCUGUGUUUUGGUUACUGCUAGCUAACAGGAGUGACAUGAGUAGUCAAAUGGGCACUACAGUUCGGUUUGUUAGAUGUCCCAAAUGCCAAUUGGUUCUUCCCGAGUUAGCAGACAUUCCUGUCUACAAAUGUGGGGGAUGUGGCACAAUUCUCCAAGCUAAGAAUAGGAAAAGGGUUCCUAUAAAGAAGAAUGUACUUGAUCAGAAUGAAAUAAGCAGUGCAAGUGAAGAAGCUUGUCCUCCUUCAAAAGGAGAUUCUUCACUGGACGAAGGGAAGAAGUCAGAUCAAGGGGGCACUGAAGACUGUAACAAGGAGUUACCUCGACAGUUAAAUUCCACCGAUGAACUUCCAAGCUCUUCUGGUCUUAGCUGUCUUGAGAAUGAAGAUCCUGUUUCCAUAUCUGCUGCAUGUAAAGGAGAUGAACACAGUUGUUCUUUGGAAAAAAAGACAGAACAAUAUGAAAAUGGAUCUCGGGAUCACCACCAAUUUUCAAGAGGAGAAAACUUCUCCAAUAGACUUUCUAGCUCAGAUCAACUUACAUGUCCUGAAUUUGGAAGUCCAGUUGUUGGAGGCAAAGAAGAUGCCGAAGGUUCAGCGAUUGGAGAGAGGGAGAAACUGGAGCUGGAUAAAGACACUGGAUGUCCAACCCUUGAAACUGAACAAGAUAUCAAAGGUUUAGCCUUUGAAGUGACGGAACAAAUGGAUGAAGACAACUUCCUUGUGGAUGACAGCACUGUAAAUGAUCAAAAUGAAAGUGGAGUUGAUCAUAAGAGUAACUCCCUUGAUGAGAAUUCUACUUACUCUGGAGGCGUCAUUCACAGAGCCGAAGUAUCUACUGGAAGUGGGUCACGUGAAGAUGGUAUUGAAAAUAAAUCUCUUGUGGAACAAAUCAUUGGAAGGGACCAAAACGAUAUCCAAGGUCACAAUGCAGAAUCUUCUGGAAACGUAAGAUAUGCCAAGGAAACCGCUUUAUCUACUGAGUUAGUCUGUGACUUUGAGAAGCAGUCAUCUGUAAACUCUGAGAUGUACCAAAGUAUUUUGAAUGGAAGUAUCAUAUCAGAUGCUUUGAUGUCUACUGACCAUGAGCAGUUUGAGCAAUUUCAUAAAGAGGUUCCCUCAGGUUUUGACCGUAUAAGCUCUAUGGAUACAUUUGAAAACCUACCGCUAAAUCUUUGUCGAUCUGAGCCUCCUGUUAAUCUCAGAAAUAUGAUCAGAUCUCCUACACACAAAAGUUACUAUGCCUAUGAUGGCAGCGCAUCUUCAUGUGAUGGGGAUGAUCAUAUACCUGAUCAGUACCAUCACCAACUCAUAAGAAAGUUUAAGGAAGCAUACCCUGUUAGCCCCAGUGAGUUUCUUUUGGAUGGUAGAAUCCGAGUAAACCACACAAUGAGCGGUGAGUCAAAGAUUGUGCAGCCAGCAAUGAACUUUUCCACAGCAUUACCAGGAAGGAGUCAUCAAGCUACAAAAGGCGGCAACUGGAGUCAUGAGGAAUGGCCUCAGUCUAGAAAACGUGGUCAGGCUCAGGUCUCUGGAGGUAGAAUGACAUCGGACAAGGAUGAGCACGCCACAUCAUUUCCAUUUAUUUCAACAGGUUCGCAUGCAGGACAUAAACAUGGAAACCCUUCAAAUUAUCGGAAAAAUGUGACCCACCGUUCUAGUCACCUUCCACCCAGAAUGCCCUCAGAUUCAGAACCAGACAAAAUACAACUGUUGAGAAUGGUGUAUGAACUUGAAGAUCAAUUGCGCCAGACACGCAUUACUAAAAGGAUGGCUAAUGGACGGUUUUCUGCAGAGAUCAUGAGGGAUGAAGAGUAUAACCCCUCGUAUUAUGAUCAGUUUGUGGAAGAUGGUAAAGUAAGUGGUGAUUUAAACUAUUCUAGAUAUCCUGUAAGAUGCAGUCAUGGAAAAGGCUGUCCGCAACGUAAAAGCUCAAGAAUAGCAUUUUCUGCGGAGGCUUCACAUUACAGGCACCAAGCAGAUUGCCUGGGUUCACAUUGCUCCCCUCAGGUCCGGCAUUUCUCAGCGCAGCUGCAUCCUUUAGUUUACAAAGGCCGUGGGGUUGCCUAUUCCAGCUGUAACUGUUGCAACCACCUCCAGUCUGAUUCUUCAAGUCCUCAGCAUUACUCAAGCUCUGAGUAUUCUCGAUGGGAGCGUGAGACAAAAUCUGAUGAUAGGAGGCACAAAGAUCAUGAGAUGAAAAAACUGUCUCUGCGAGAAAAAUACUCAAAAAUGCGGCAUCUCCGAUCAGUAGCUGGUGGAGCACCGAUAAUUUCUUGUUACUACUGCAAUGAACUUCUACAGCUUCCAGCAGACUUUCUUCUUUUCAAAAGGAGAUACCAUCAGCUUAGAUGCAAUGCUUGUAGAAAGGUUCUGAAGUUUUCUCUCCACAAGCAGAUGCAUGUAGUCCCAUUCUUUGCAGAGGCUUUAGCUCCUCCACCAAGUGAGGUUGAUGACAACACUGGUGUCACUGAUCAACAGAAUCUGGCAUAUGAAUAUCAUCUUAAUUCUUGUCCCCGUACUGAACGAGUAUCGUGUUCUGAUGAUUUGGGACCAUCUUUCGGUAGAAGCUUCUCUACUGAAGAGGAGUCUUCACUAGCUCCAAUUCAACCUCUUGGAAGGACGACUUUCAACAGAGAGACAUCCUCUAGUAGUUCUUCUGCCCCCACAAAAGAUAGAAAAAUGAAAUCUGUUAUGAGGGAACCUCCUUACAUGGGGACCUUUGGAUCACCAGGGCCUUCAGCUAAGAUGUCUAAGUGGGGAAAAACAUCUUCAGAAAUUGAGGAAUUACGACCAAACGGAGGCUCUCCUCUUCAUCGUCUUAUGGGUUAUUCUUCGCCAAGUGAAGUGAUACAGUGGUGACUGGCUCAACAUCCAAGAAAUGAAGCAAGGAUCAAAAAGAAAGAGGCACAGGUCAUUAGGCAACAGUGCAAAAGAUCCGUCAUUUUUUGGUAGAUACUUGGCAUAAAAGGGAUUUUCUUGGAACAGGUUUCUUUGUGAUAUCAGGUAUGAUGUUGAAACACAACCAACCAUUCAGGCGCUCAUCCGUCUGCAUAUCCCUGAGUAUCAUUUUUCUUAUAAUUUUUCACUUUCCACACUAUGUACAGGUAAAUCAAAUUGGCAGCUUCAGGUUGCAUAGGGAAAAUUGAGGUGUUCAUGAUAGAGGAGUCCAGUAAUUUUGAAUUUCCAGUUACUUGUGUGAUAAGAAUAUAUGUAUACUAGAUAUCGAAAUCUUUUUAUCUCAAUUUAUGUGGUAUAAAUAAAAUUUGAAAAGUUGCUAAA